UUAAAAAAUUGCCAAAAUGAUUAAAAUGAAAUAAAAAUCGUGAAGUUUCCAAAAAUGCCCCCAAUAUCAUCAACAUUAUCAGAAAGUGGAGGAGAUGAAAAUACAAAUGAAAUAGCCACAAAAAAUAACAAUAGCAACAUUGUGCAAGAUUCACCAGCAAUUCAAGCUGCAUUUCAAGUGAUUAAUGAUGAUAUUGAUCCGACGCCUACAACAAUCCCAACUACAAAUAAAAUCAAACCACUUCCAACACAAUCUUUAAUAAAAAGUGAAAAACCAAACGUAGUCGUGUAUCCAACACGGCGUAUAAUACCACCACAACGGUCUCCAAAUGGCGGCAGUAACUUAGAAGAACAACGCCAGAAAAAUUUUACUCGCUCAAAUGGUUACAUUUAUACACAAACUAGAAAUGUUUUAACGAAAAACUACAGUCAAUCAUAUUCAAAUAUCAACAAAAAUGAUUUUACAAAGUCUUUAGAUGCAAAAUUACGCAAAUUACAAGAAAAUGAUUCGCCAGAUCCAAAACAACGUAGUGCAACAUCAAUUAAAAAUGUGACGAAUACUAAGCGAAAUGACGACAUUGAACGUAAACCAUUUGUAACAGUUGUGAAAAAAGGAACAUUUCUCCGUCCACCUCCGGUGAUUGCACAAAAACUAUUAUUGGAACCAGAACCAGACGAUGCAGGUCGAAAUGAAAAAGUGCAUAUUGCAAAAAAAUUGUAUGCGUAUGUUAGUCGACCGAAAGUUUUAAAUCGUAGUGCUGAUGAUACGAAUAAUAGCCGUAGGGGUGUGGUACCAACUUCAGGCGAUAAAUUAGGUCAUAAAGACAGUGCACAUAAAGCAAGAUGUGAUGCAGCAGUGAAAGGUGCUGCAAUGAUUGCGGCAAGUGUUGCUGGAUUAGCGCGAGUUAAACGUGAUACAAAUGGUGACUGGAAAAUUUCACAUACAGAUGGAAAUACAGCUAAUAUUAUGUUCGAUAAACGUGUACAUCGUGGAAACACAUAUGCAAUACAACCAACACCAUGUCCGCAGAAAUGGAAUCCUUAUUGUGGCAAUGCAAAAUGUUUAUCUCAAGGAUUUGGAGAUGAAGAAACCUUAGCAGCGCGUGCAGCAGAAGCACGAAGACGACAAAUGUGUAGGCAAAAAGCAAAAGAUCGAAAAGCUUAUGGAGUACGUUUACGUUUAGGCUCUCCACCACCAAUCAAAGGACGAAAACAUGAACCAGUACAAACUGAAUUAUAUUUGGAAGAAAUUAUGGAUCACCCUCCUGUGUCCGAUACAACAACACAAACUGAUUUGUUCUUGGAACGCCCUAAAUCACCAUUUUAUUAUCCUGCUAAAGUUGGUAUUGAUGCAGCGACACAAAUUUAUCCAGGCGAUCUAUUCGACUUUGAUAUUGAAGUACAACCAAUCCUAGAAAUAUUAGUGGGUAAGACAGUGGAACAAGCCUUAAUUGAAGUAUUAGAGGAAGAAGAAUUAGAAGCAUUAAGAGAACAACAACGGCAAUUCGAAGAAAUUCGAAAUGCUGAAUGUACAGAAGCUCAACGUCUUGAAGAACGUGAACGAAGAUAUCGACAAGAGAAGGAUCGACGUAUUGCUGAGCACGAAGCAGGUGCCCAAGCACAAAAAGAAACCGAAGAACGAGUUGCGGCAGCUGUAUUAAUGCAAGGAUAUAUUGCAGAUUUACUUCCAACCGUGUUGGAAGGACUCAAAGACGAUGGCUUCAUUAUUGAUAACAUGAAGACUAGCGUUGAUGAGAACUUCAUGCCAUGGCUAAUGAAAGAAGUUUCUGUGGAAAUGGAGAAUAUGAUUAGUAGUCGAGAUGUACUUUCUGAUAUUGUAAAAGAGAUAUUGGAAACGAGACAUGAAUUGUACAAAGCAAUCGGUGAGGCUGAGGAUGCUGAAGAAGAAGACCCAACAUUGUCUACAUGGGCUGAGGAAGAAGACGAUGAAAAUGAAACGUUCGAAGAAGGAGCAACAAAAGAAUAAUUUUAUAAAAAAAUAUAUUUUAUGAUAAACUCAACAUUGUUUGGCAAUAAAUAUAAAUAUUAAAAUAUUUAAAAUG